AUGACGAGCUAUAAUUUGUCCCGGGGCGCACCAAUCUAUUGGAACAAAAUUCCUGUUUCGAAGGAAGCAUUUGCGCGCCACCCCAAUGCCGAAUGGGUAUGGUGGAUGGACAUGGAUAUCAUCAUCAUGAACAUGACACUAAGCAUCUAUGACCAUAACCUAUCGAAGGAAGGAUUGGCACGAAAUAUUCUGCUCGAUCACAAGGUGCACGGCGCUGGCGGCGGCAUGAGUGGCUUCACCACCCCGGCUUCCUAUAAGCACGACGACAUCAAUUUCAUCAUCUCGCAGGACUCGUGGGGCGUGAACGUGGGCAGUUUCCUUAUACGCCGAGGCGAUCGGAGCAAGUGGCUUCUCGAUCUGUGGACUGAUCCAUUGUACAUCUCUCAGAACUGGAUCUUCCCGGAGCAGGAUGCUUGGAAGCAUAUGUGGCAAUACCACGACAUCGUGUAA